AUGCCCGAAGAUAAACGCUGCAAAGACACCUCCAUCCCACCUCCGCUCGAUCCAUUCCCCACCUACCAGACACCAUACCCUCGAUCCAACCACAAUCAGCACGAGAACCCCUUCAUUCAAUUCCGCCGCUUUGCUGACGAAAAAUUCUCCUCCUUCUUUCAAGGCAUACCUAAUCUCUUUGGAGUCCCUGCCAAAGACGUUGACGAUCUGAUGCGGCGCAGGCAUGAAUUAGAAGAAGGAUGGAAGAAGCAGUUCGAGCAGGAGGUGGAGGAGAUGAGACACGAGGUGGAGAAGACCCGAAUUGCCACAUUAAAGGCCAUGGAAGAUUCGUGGUCUCGGUCCACCGAGGCUGCCUCGAAGUCGUCCGAGACCGUUGAGCCCUCGCCGUGGUGGAUGAGGGGAAAUCCAUCCAAAUGCCCUGCAUUGAAUGGUCAGGAGCCACAGCCAAAUGCCCACAAGUGCCCUGCUCUUUACGACGAGGCCGGUGAGCCAAAGACCGAGUUGGAUUUAUACGAAGCACCUACCGUCUCCAAACGCCAACCAACCGAUACGCAAGGCGUUUCAUCAAGUGGUCGCCCAUGGCCUCACUGGCUGACUCCUGGGGAUCUGAAAGCAAAGGAGAAAGCCACCGAGCAGACCAAGCAGCGUUCAGAAGAAGCCCCAUAUACUCCUGCGACCCGGUACAGCUUGGGAAAAGCCCGACACAUGAAUCCAUUCGACAACCCCGAUCACACUAUUCCAUGGCUGAUGCUGAGUCCUUACUCUCCCAUCUACCUGUGUAACCCGGGCCAGGCUCGCAUGUUCCGAGUCAAAAUUCAAGACGCGGAAGAUGUUCCUUUGCAGAUUUCAAGACCAAAGUACUUCGAAAGAUGGUACACUGAAGUGGACGACAAGUUAUCACGACAACUUUCCUGGGCUGAUGCAUUUGAGGAUCUCAUAAGUUUACAGCAGAGAGGAUCAAUGGUGGACAGAAAUUAUUCCACUCUUCGAACGCCCCCUACGUGGAUUCAUGAUAUGGUCAGUCGCGGAAGCCUCGGUGAUCGUUGGGGAUUUAAUGAUGAUGGCAUUCUCAUGAAACGCUCCAAUGGCAAUGCAGCUACUGAAACUGCCACCAUCAAAGAUCAUUGUCGAGGGCAAAAAGAGCAACGAUGGCGAUCUUGGAGACGUGGCGAGGAUGCACAGAAACAGCCCAAAGAUGAUGAGAAGGAGAAACGUGAGGACUUGAUCGACAAAUUCGUUGAUGAUCUUCCAGAAUCGAUUGCUCGAUCACCAAUCUUCGGGGGUCUUCUAUCAGCUGCGGACUCCAUCGUCUCGGCCGUUGAACAGGGUAUUGAAGAUGUUCUGAAGCAGACACAAGAGGAGUUAGCUACUUCCACUGAUACAGCGGCAAUAAUCGAAUCUGAAGAGCCGGAUAGCACGCCGUACAGCUCGCUAGCGAACUCGUCGAGCUCAUCGAGUUCGUCAUAUUCGUAUGCGAGCAAUACUUCGGCAAGCUACUCUUCCUCAUCAGACCAGGACCCGAGUUCAAUCAUCUCAACUCUAACGACCACAGUCACACGGACCCUACCUGACGGGUCAGUUGAAACGAAGCGUGUUUUCAAGAAACGAUUUGCCGAUGGUACGGAAGAGAGUGAUGAAAGCACUGAAGUCAAAAGCGCUGCAUCCAGAGCAACCCCCGCUAAUCCGGAAGUGUCUGAUAAACAGACGCAGACUCAACCUGCAAGCAGCAUUGAGCCGGGGAACAGUCAGGUGCCUGCUCCAAAGCACCUCGACCCAGAGAUGGCAGAUAGGAUACACAACACGUACGGUGCCCAGGUCUUCCAACGAGGUCACGACGAAACCAAUCCACCGUCCAACGAACAAGCAGAAAAUCCGCAGGCUAGGCGGAGAGGUGGCGGAUGGUUCUGGACUCGAUAG